CCGGGGCUGCAUCGACAACUGCCACCGGAUAUCAAAUGCAAAAAUGUCUGGGUCUGGAAGGAUCCGAACUUGUGAUGCGCAUUUUCGAACACAGAAAAAUCUCUCAUGCAUAGGUAGCAAAAGCUGCUCAAUUCUGUCACCAAAAUGGGCGAUUUCUCAUGCGGGUUCGGCAUUGCGGAGGCUUCUCGAAACCUGUGAUGCUAGAGCUUCCAUGCCAGACCUUCUGCGUCAUGCAAAAACAGCAUGACUCUUCCAGACCCAGACAUUUUUACAUUUGAUACAGGAGCAUCGCAAACGAUUUGAGUGACGAGGAAUUCCAUUGUGGCUUAAAAGGCUACGGCGUUGUCCGGUACGCGAGCGAAAGGUCUCCUAUUACCAGAACCUACCCGUCCACGGAAACUGGGGCGAGUCAUGCCGAGCCUUUUCGCGAACUACCGCCCGAGAACUGCUGCCGGCGGGAGGGCCCGGACAGCCAGCACCCGCUGCGGUGUGGCGGCGUAUCCAAUGCAAAUAUGUUGUCUGGGUCCGGAAACUUGUGAUGCUGAAGUGUGGAUGAUUGAAAUCCUUCCCAAUGCAGCCAAGCAUGACAAGGUAUUCGCGGAACACCUUCUCGUCAUGCGCAGCCCGGAUGAGAAACUGUGCUUUUGGAUGACAUAAGGGGGCAUCGGCGUCUUUUUGUUGAUCACGCAAUACAGAUAGUUACAGGAUUGUAGGACUAGCAUUACAAGUCCCAUGAUCUUUCCAGUUCCAGACAUGCUUGCAAUGCAUACGGCGUGUUUUUGUACGACGCCAUCGACGCCUCUGGCUUGACCGACGUUUUCACCGAGCAGUCCGUAUUGAGAGGCAAAAUCCCCCCUCCCCAUAUUGAAAAGGUAUGUUUCCAAAAAUUUGUGUUGCGGAUUUGAGGUCACAAAUCACAUCUGUCUUGCAAGAAGACAAGGGCAGAAGCUUCCGCCCCAUUAUGGAAGCGAUUUGUCAUGCUGUUGGGCCUAAAGGGGAGUCGUUUGCCAUGCUGAGCAGCUAGACACAUGCGCCUCUACCUAGCCUGGGGAUCUGGCCGCAAUGCCUCUCUGCAAUACAAAGCUGAUUUGUGGCCCCAAAUCAGCAUCACAAAUUUCCGUUUUGAUAUGGGGUGGGGGGAUUUUUCAUUUUGAUAGUCCGGCGCCGCCAUUUUGGGAUUUUCCGGGGACGGCCACACCAUCCCCGUGAACGGGAAUGUGAAUGACGUUCCUCACGGGGACUUCUUCAAGUCCCAUUUAUACCCAAGCAAUCCCCCUGGCUGGACGCGCGCGACGCUGUAUUGCCGGUCAAAGGGGUUCGGGCAGCCGAUCGAAGACUUGACACACGUCGUGCGUCUGCCGGAAAGCGGCGAAGACCUGGCACCGUACCCGGAAAUAUCCUGAUGAAAAACGUCCCCACACCAGAGUCAAGAUGGGAAACCUGCUAGACAAUUCAACCAGCUUUGGUUGUUUGGCAUGACAAGCUUGUCCUCGUAGCAAAGUCCUGUUUAGCUAGUUCAGAAGCAUCACAGAUCUAGCACAGCAUGCUGGUUCGAGCAUGACAAAUUCCAAAACACGGACAGACAAUGCUUCUCAUAGGGCUCAGCAUGAGAAACUUGUUUGGCAUGCAGAAAUGCGUGACAACUAUGGGGUGGGGACGUUUUUGCUCAGGAUAGAAAACGGGGUUCCACGAGGGCUCCAAGGAGUGCUAUCAAAAGGAAAAAUCCCCCCUCCCCAUAUCAAAAGGAAACGUCUGAUGCUGCAUUUGCGUACACAGAUGAGGUCUGUCUUGCUGUGAGGAAUUGCGGCCAGAUUCUUAUAGGUGUUUAAGAGCGCAAGAGUCUAGCUGUUUAGCAUUGGAAACGCCUGCCCUGUUGGCCACCCAGCAUGAAAAAUAGCAUCCAUAAUGCGGCGCAUCCCUCAGCGCUUGCCUUUUUGCAAGACAAAAAUGAUUUGUGGCCACAAAUCUGCAUCACAAAUUUUCCGACGGAUGCUUUUUCAAUAUGGGGAGGGGGGAUUUUUCCUCACAAUAAGUGCUGCGAGAUCCCCACCUGCGCCAUCGGGUUUUUCGCCUGGCCGAAAGAGUUUCAGUGUCGGGCGCGCAUGAUAUGACAGUGCACAACUCCCCCUCGUUCUCAUUUCUCAUGCAAAAUACCAAAUCCACGCUUUCCCUCCUGUCACUAUUAUGCAUGACGAGUUCUGGUAGCCCGAAUAGCACUACAAUCCAGUGCAAAUUUGCCAUGCAAAACCGGCACUGUUGCUGAUGCUUGUAUUGCCGUUCAUGCUAUACAAAUGCGGGGGAGGGGGAGUUGUGCACUGGCUGCAUACAUGAUCCCAAUCGGGGAAUACAUCGCGGCAGAAUCGGUC